AUGGCCUGCACCGGAGCUUUGCUAGCUCGGCGGGCUCCAUGGAUCGCAACACGGAGGUGCCUCCGUCGGAUCCCUGUCAAGUGGAGGCUCGAGAACAGAGCCUGGGCCAGCGGCCCUCCAUCGGCGACCCUUCGCAGACAACACUUCGAAGUGGGUGGUGCUACCUUGAUCGAGGGCCUCGAUCUGACGGUCCAAAGUGGCGAACGAUGGGCUCUGGUAGGUCACGUUUCCUUUGAUCUGCAGACCAAAAUGCUUCAGGAUGAGCGCAGAGACUUCGAAGAGAGCCGCUACGAAACGCGACACUUGCGAGCAACAGUUGCAUCAUAUCUGUUCCCAGAUUGCUACCCAGCGGAUCCCGACUAUGAUCCUGCUACUUGGGGCUAUCGACCCCCGCGGACGCGCGUGUCCCCACUCCCGGCGCCAUACGAUGCGAGCAGUUCUCACCCCUUGCUGGGUGAGCUCGAGGCGGCAUCGACCAGAGGUGAGGCGGCUCGGCUGUUGAAGCUCUUCGGCCUCUUUGAGCUGCGCCACCGACCGCUCUUCGCCCUUUCCACCGGCGAGGGGCGGAAGCUGCUGCUUGUGGAUGCGCUGCUGCAGCAGUCCAGUUUGCUGGUCCUGGACGAGGCGUUCGAUGGCUUGGACAAAGACUCCCGAGCCGAGCUGCAGCGCGUUCUAGAGGCGGUUUUUGAGGACAAGAGCAAGACCCUUAUGACCCGGAAGCAUUGGAUUUUCCACGGCUUUACGGCGCUGAUGAAGCGAUUCGCCAAUUGCUGCCAGGUGAUGAUUGCACACAGGGUGGAAGAUCUCACUCCUGUCCCGACGCACGCAUUGCUUCUUGGGCAGGGCCCGAAAGGCACGGCCUGCAGCGCCGCGGAUUUCAAUUGGUCUGGUGUUUUAUGGUCGCAGCUUGGGGAUCUCCGAAGCUCCCAAGGCGGACAGGAUAGCUGCGGCGUCAUUGGCAUCAGGCUCCAGCCAGCCAUCCUCCAGACUAGCCACUCCAGAGGUAGUGUAGCAGCGCAGUAUUUCGCUGGCAGGUAUGGCCCGAUCUUUGUUUUCAAGAAGCUAAAUUGGACCGUCCGUCAGUCUGAAAAAUGGAUUGUGGUCGGCGGGAAUGGGACGGGCAAGACAACUUUGGUAGAUCUCAUCACGGGUGAGAAUGUGCAGGGCUACCAGCAAGAUAUUCAUCUCUUCGGCCGCCAAAAGGGAAGUGGGGAGAGUGUCUGGGAGAUCAAAAAGCAGCUUGGGGUGAUCUCCAGUGAGCUCCACAUGGAGUACAUGAUUUUUUCAGAUCCACGAUUUGACCGCAAAGUAACUGCCUGGGAAGUUGUUUGUUCUGGACUCUUCGACAGCAUCGGCUUGUACGUGGAGCCCACCUCAGUCCAAAGGACGGCUGUGCUCGAAUGGAUUGACAAACUCGGUUUGCAGGAGUUGGUGAUCUCACCAAGCUGCGACAAGGCUCUGGCAGCCUUGGCGCCAUUUUCAUCAAGCCCUAUGUUCUUCGAUCUUUCGCACGGGCAGCAGAAACUGGUGCUGCUUUGUCGAGCAAUGGUGAAAGAACCUCGCUUGCUCCUUCUCGACGAGCCCACCCAUGGGCUGUCCGGAAGCAACCGCGCGAAGUUCCUGUCGCUUCUUCAGCGGCUCGCGCAAAGCUCGGAUGUGGCGAUCAUCCUCGUCACCCACAGGGAAGAUGAGAUUCGGUCGCUCGGCUUCCCCAACGUCCUGCGGCUGCGAAGGGACCAGGAGGGCCAAGAGGACUCGAGCAGCGCUCAGCACCUUCUGUGGCGGCACUGUGAUUCUUGCACUGAGCUGGUCCCACCAAGCAAGCUUUUUCCGGUGUUGCGUGGGAGCCUGAGAUGCGCCGCCGAGCUCGAAGCCAUGGGGGCCAAAUGCAGCGAGAUGAUGACGGGCACACCUUCCCAGGUGAAGCCUUCGGAGGCCCUCCUAGAAGAGGACGAAGACGAUGGAGAGGACGAGGAGGCUGAAGAGGAGGAGGACGAAGAGGAUGAGGAGGCGUCGGUGAAAGCAGAUGCGGAGAAAGCGUUAAAGGGUGGCCUCAUGCGCGGCAAAACCGCUGCCUUUGAGGAGGCCAUCGAACACGCGACUUCGGUGGGCAUCGACGAGACCAUGAUCGCACAUGCAGAGAAGAAGCUACAGCAGCACAAGGUGCAGCGAGAGCGGGAAGUCUUCAUCGAGGAGCUUCCCAAGUUCCUCGGCUCUGAAGAUGCUGACGACGAAGCGAAGUGCGAGGAGCAAAUUGAAGUCGGCAAGAAGCACGGGGUCCCUGAAAGCCACUUGCAACAACUCCGACAGCGCAUCGAGUUCAUCAAACUCGGUCGCGACUUGGAGGAGGAGGAGUUGACGAAGGCGCAGGAGAUGACCACCGAGUCAACGCGCCGCUUCGUCACCUCUUGCUUUGCAGGGCGCAGUCUCAUGCACAUCGACCCGAAGGGUAAGAAAGUCAAGGUGCUUUGUAAGCUCGAUCCUGCUAUGCGCAAACUGCGCAUCGAAGAGGAGGCAGGAGCCGAGGUUUGCAGCGCAGAGCUGGUCAAAGUUCAGGCCUGCGCAGGGCCACUGGCUGAGCUGGGUGAAAGCAGCCCCCUUACCUCGCUUUCUGAUGAGGAGCAGGACCGCUCCAUCGCGCUGAGAGCAGGGGGCGAGGGUCCCUGGCUCUUCUUGGAGUGCGGCACUCAGCCCCGAAGGACAGAGUUAGGACGUCGUGUGUCCAUGAAUUCGGUGAG